CUCCAGCAGGCUCGGUGUAAAGGAGGGAGGGUGGGGAGGAGAAGCCACCCAUAGAGAGGUCUGCCAGGGAUCUGCAUGUAUCCCACCCCUCCACUGGGGGAGAGCCGCCUGCUUUCGCAUGUUGCCCACGUCCUGGGCUCUUGGAAACUUUACCCUGGGCGCCCGGAGGAGGAGGAGGCUGCACAAUGGGGCACCUUGUCCUGGGUGAGGGUCUCGUCUCCCUUCCACUCUGAUCAACAAGAACGCCUUGCCUGCUGCAGCCCUACCAUAGAUACCACAGGGGCCACCGAUUGCACCCCCCUCUCCAUCCUUCUACACGGGGUGCCCGGCCAUGGGGUACGCGGACCCGUCUUCUGGCAGAGACCUGCUGGGCAACAGAACUUUGUUCUUCAUUUUCAUCUGCGCCUUUGCCCUGGUGACCUUGCUGCAACAGAUCCUGUACGGCAAGAACUACAUCAAAAUAGGCCUGCAGUUUAGCUGGCAGAGCGGAGAGGAGUUGGGAAAUUGGACUAGGAUCUUUAAUUUCACGGAUGACGGAGCAGUGAAGACGGGGAGCGUUGCGAGCGUCAGGUACUUUGAGUUCUAUAAAGGUCCUUUAGAUUACAAUUCUACAAAGUGCCUGGAGCUGAGACAGGACAUCAUGAAUGUGAAGGUUCUCUCCAUGGUGAAGAAUGCAGAGCUGUUUGAAAGGUGGAAGAGCCUUCAGAUCUGCAAGUGGGAGAUGAAUAUGAUAGAAGCCAACAAUUUCAAAAAUGCUCUCUCCAGAUGCUGCAAUGCACCGUCUUUCCUUUUCACCACCCAGAAGAACACGCCACUUGGAACAAAGCUCCGAUAUGAAGUUGACACCAGUGGUGUAUUCCAGAUCAGCCCGGAAAUUUUCAAUAUAUUCCCCAAGGAUAUGCCUUAUUCUCGGUCUCAGUUUAGGAAGUGUGCUGUGGUGGGCAAUGGAGGAAUAUUGAAAAAAAGCAAAUGUGGAAAAGAAAUAGACAGUGCAGAUUUUGUCUACAGGUGCAAUUUACCUCCUAUCUCUAAAAAAUACGUGGCAGAUGUCGGGAUGAAGACAGAUGUGGUGACAAUCAACCCAAGCAUUAUAACCGAGAGGUUCCAGAAGCUGGAGAAAUGGCGGAAACCUUUCUACGACGUGCUACAGGGUUAUGAGAACGCCUCUAUCCUCCUCCCUGCCUUCUACAACACCCGCAACACAGAUGUGUCCAUCCGAGUCAAGUACGUCUUGGACGACUUUGAGUCCCAGCAGUCCGUCUAUUAUUUCCACCCACAGUAUCUCUUCAACGUCUCCCGUUUCUGGUUCAUUCAAGGCGUACGCGCGAAACGCAUCAGCAGUGGCCUGAUCCUGGUGACCACCGCUCUUGAACUGUGUGAUGAGGUCCACCUCUAUGGAUUUUGGGGUUUCCCUAUGAACCCAUCAGGGAUCUUUAUUACCCACCACUACUAUGACAAUGUCAAGCCUCGACCAGGCUUCCAUGCCAUGCCUUCUGAGCUCUUCAACUUCAUCCAUAUGCACAGCAAGGGCAUCUUGCGCGUACACACGGGCAGUUGCAGCUAGGAGCCCGUCUCCGCACGCGCCAUGGAUAUGCCGCUUGUGCAAAUGAAAUUAUGCAAUAAUUGAUUUGAGCAAACAUCAUAGGAUAAGGCCUCCAGGCAGUCUGGUUCUCGCCAGAGCUGCUACCUAAGACUCGCGUCAGUGUUAAAGAUAAUAGGAACGCCAAACAGAAAAUAACGCAUCGCCAUCAGCACUGGUUGGACAGCUACAAAUCGACAAAGCACAUAAGACAAUAUAGCACACACUGUAUCUACCAGCAUCUGCCAUGAAAGCUUUUAAGAUACCAUGUCAGGAUA